UGUGUAACUGUGUAAGACUCCGGGCCUCUUUUGGUCAUCCAACGUUUUCUUCUUCUUUUGCCGGUCUGGCUGCUUGUGGGAGUUCUUGGUCUUCUGGGUUUUUGUCAAAGAUUGAAUCUUUAGUGACAUUGUUGUGAAUUCAGGCUGCCCCAGAGCGAGCUGAGGGUAUUGUACUUCUUUAAUUUGAAGACCAUGAAGUGUUUCGCCCUAUUCUUCAAUGCUCAAAAGAAGGAAGAAGAACUGAAUACAGUGAACUCAAAUUCGGCCCUCUCCUCCUUAUCUGGCUCUUCUGAUCCUGAACUGCGGCCGUCCAGUCUUGAGUAUAAUUCUAAGACUGCAUCAGAUGCUAGUACGGAGUCCAGAGGAAGAACGCAGUUCCCGAAUUUGUCUGAGAGGCCUUCUAAUCUCAGGGUCUUUGCAUUCUCAGAACUCAAAACUGCAACGAAAAAUUUUAACCACUCAACCAAGAUCGGGGAGGGAGGAUUUGGACCGGUGUAUAAGGGAACAAUUAAGAAUUCUGAAGAUCCCACUAAAAGGGUUGAUGUGGCCAUAAAACAACUUAGCAGAAGAGGAAUACAGGGGCACAAAGAAUGGAUGUCAGAAGUGAAUGUACUUGGUGUGGCUGAACACGAGAACCUUGUCAAAUUAAUUGGAUAUUGUGCAGAAGAUGAUGAAAGGGGAAUCCAGCGCCUUCUGGUAUAUGAAUAUAUGCCUAAUGGAAGUGUGGAAAAUCAUUUGUCGGCCAAGUCAGAAACACCACUGUCUUGGAUCAUGAGGUUGAAAAUAGCUCGAGAUGCUGCACGUGGCUUAGAAUAUCUGCACGAGGGAAUGGAUUUUCAGAUCAUCUUCAGAGAUUUCAAAUCUUCAAAUAUUCUACUAGAUGAGCAAUGGAAUGCAAAGCUAUCAGACUUUGGGUUAGCUAGGUUGGGUCCUCCCGAAGGGCGUACUCACGUCUCAACUGCGGUGGUUGGAACAAUGGGAUAUGCUUCUCCUGAAUAUAUUCAAACAGGUCGUCUCACAUUCAAGAAUGAUGUAUGGAGCUAUGGAGUGUUUCUCUAUGAACUCAUCACAGGGAGACGCCCGUUGGAUAGGAAUCGUCCCAAGAGUGAGCAGAAGCUCUUGGAAUGGAUAAAGCCAUAUGUAUCAGAUUCAAAGAAGUUUCAUAUGAUAGUAGACCCUAGGCUUGAAGGCAAUUUCGUAAGGUCAGCUCAGAAACUCUCUGUUGUUGCAAACCGCUGCUUGGUGAGACACCCAAAGUCACGCCCAAAGAUGAGUGAAGUUCUGGAGAUGGUGAACAACGUUGCAGAAGCAUCCACAGGAUUGGGGAAUCCUCGGCGGCCCAUAAGAUCUUCACAUCCUAUUCCAAAUAAAGACGAUAUUGACAGAAAAAAAGUUAAAAUAUGUUAAGUGAUAUCAAAGUUGGAGAUGGUGGCUGGCUACAUUGGUGAGAGAUUUAUGAUGACGCGAGUCAUAGAAGGAAUUACUAACGUCUUCUAUUGAUCAUAAAAGUAGAGUGAAGUGCAAAUUCUAUUAGAUUGGCUAUACUAAUGGCUGCAAUGAUUUGGUGGUGAGAAAGCAAAUGCCAUAAAAAUAUUGUUUUGCUUUAGAAGCCCUCGAUCUAUUCUUUUUGGAAUUUAUCCUUCAAUUCUGUGUCAAAAGCACUGUGGUUGGCCAUUAAUAUAUCUUUCUAUACUUGCAAUGAAAGAUUACUUUCUGGA